GAGAGACCACGACGCCUUCCUCCAAGUCAACGACCAGCUCCGAGCAACGCGAUCCGCCGGGCCGGACGGGAGAACUCCUCGUCAAACUUUUCCUCCGAAUAUUCAUUCCCCCGUUGCUAGUUUCUGCGUCCCUUCUUUUGGAAAUCGCGUCGCCAAAGGCCAGCACCACGCUUGCAGAGGAGAGGAUUUUAUCCUCCCGACGAUCUCAGAGUGAGAGAGAGAGAGAGAGAGAGAGAGAGAGAGAGAGAGAGAGAGAUUUUGCAUGGUUUGUGGAGCCAAGAAGCUCGUUAAAUAUGGACAUCCUGGAUCACUCGGACGAUGAGGAGGAGCAGGGCCGGUACGCCACCAGCAGCGGCAGGAGGAGGCCAGGCUCCAGGUUCGGCGCGCGGCGGCUGAAGCGGAGGCCCGGCGGGAGCCACCAGCACUCGCUGCUCAUGGACUGCGUCGCCGGCAGCGGCGGCGACGGGGACGGUGCGUCGGAGGAGACCGUGCCGCUACCGGACUACGAGCGGCUCUCACAGUCCGCGCCCCUCCCCGAAGAGCCUCCAGGUGACGAUGCCAACAACCCGCCGCCGGCUCCGGUGGCGCCGGCAAAGCAGGCGGCGGCGUCCCCGCCGCAGCCUCCCCCGCCGCCGCCGACAACGCAGCAGAAACCGGCGGCGUGGAGGCUGAUCGAGUACGUGCGGUCCAGGCACAAAUCGGGGGGCGCCGGGGCCGCCAGCGGGUGCGGCGCCGCGUCGGACGGCGACUCGAAGAGCUCCGAGGACGGCGAUGACGGCAGCGAGGACGGGAAGAAGGACAAGGCUAAGAAGAAGAAGCGCUCGUCGUGGCUGCCGGACCCCGACCGCCGGUGGCCGGUGCAGGGCUUCUACUAGCCCGAGCUCGCGUACGCCGCAUCGUUACUCUUCGCAGAGUCUCCUCGUCGGUAAAAGUAAAAUCGUUAAAAGUCAUGAUGCGUCUCUGACUCGUGCGUUGGUCCAGUUUUUCUCUUCAUUUUCCUUCGUCUUGUUGUGGGUUUGCAAUUUGCAAUGCCAAUGCAUGGAGAAAAAUUAACAAACUUGGCAUGCUUUUGGCCUGUAUGACAGCAAUGUAAUAAUAUUCUAAAGGCAGCAUCUUUUCUCCACAGCUUCCGAAUUACGACUUUGAUA